AUGUCCUUCUUGCGCGAGGCAGAGAAAUGUCUACUUAAUCAGAAGACAUUUGCCAGCCUAAAUGCCUUCAUCACUCCAUUAGAGCGCUCCGCGACAUGGAGAGAGCGAGCUCAAGCUGCGGACUACCGCCGUGGGAAAGCUCCUUCAUGGCUAAUCUCAAUUGAGCAAUCGAUAGAUGUAUCUAUAUCGCCGUUGGAUGGUAAACUCAUAGGCGUGAAAGAUAACAUCUGCACCAGCGAACUACCAACCACCUGCGGAUCUGCGACUCUGCAAGAUUUUACGAGCCCUUUCAACGCGACCGUUGUUGAUUUAUUGGAGAAUGCAGGCGCUAUUGUGGCCGGGAAGACGAACUUGGACGAGUUUGGCAUGGGCUCUCACUCCAUACAUUCCCACUUCGGCCCUGUGAAAAAUAAAAAUGGAGGAGAUGAGUUUUAUUCGGCUGGUGGAAGCUCCGGAGGCAGUGCUAUUGCAGUUGCAACCGGCCAAUGCCAUGCUGCUAACUCAAGCAGGGCAUUGGGAACCGAUACGGGUGGCUCAGUGCGUCUUCCGGCGGCAUAUACGGGUGUCUUUGGGUUUAAGCCUUCGUAUGGCCUAAUAUCAAGAUGGGGAGUUGUGGCGUACGCGAACUCCCUCGAUACUGUUGGAAUAUUUGCGAAAGACACAUCCACUAUCCAUGACAUAUUUGGUAAGCCGGAACGUUUCAUUAUGCAGCCAUUACCUAUAACUAAUAUUCGUAUACUAGAUGUGGUAAACCGUUAUGAUAGUCGUGAUCCAACCAGCAUUUCACCAACGAGCCGGUCACGCAUCCUAACUGCUGUCAGGGAGGAAUCAGCACGACCCACUCGACUGCGAAUUGGAGUCCCUCUUGAGUACAAUAUACACGAACUGAGCCCUGAGAUCCGAUCUGCAUGGCAGAUAACUCUCGAAUACCUCCAGUCCAAAGGACAUAGCAUUCAUCCUAUCACGCUUCCGGCCACCAAACAAGCUUUAUCUGCAUACUAUGUCUUGGCCCCAGCGGAGGCCUCGUCGAAUCUAUCAAAGUACGACGGUGUUCGUUACGGCACCAGAGACAUUGAAUCUGCGGACAAUGCGGGGGACUAUCUUUAUUCAAACACACGUGGAAAAGGGUUCGGAGCUGAAGUCCGGCGGCGAAUACUGCUGGGAACGUUCUCUCUCAGCGCAGAUAAAAUUGACAAUUACUUCAUUCAAGCGCAGAAGAUCCGGAGAUUGGUUCAGGCCGACUUUAACUCCGUAUUUCGACUUCAACACCCGCUUCUACACGCAGCAUCAACGACCCUGGGGUCACGAGACCUUGUCGAUAAGGAGGACGCUGGGAGAAAUGCAAAGAUUGAUGUGAUCAUCUGCCCUACAGCUCCUUCAGCUGCACCCGCUAUAAAAGCAUUGGAAAAUUCUUCACCUAUUGAUGCGUACACAAACGAUGUUUUCACCGUCCCGUGCAGCCUUGCAGGCCUUCCUGCAUUGAGUGUUCCGAUACUCUUCGACGGAGAAGAAUCUAAGAGUCAAAGUGUUCCACGCCAUGCAGGGGUACAAGUCAUUGGCCAGUUUGGAGACGAUGAUAUGGUCCUAGAGGUGGGGAAGAUGCUUGAAGAGAUAGGCAAGACGUGA